GAAUAUAUUUGCAUCAGGUGGGGGGUGUUGGGAAUUUGUGGUGAUAGCCACAGAAGCAGAGAAAAGGAGAGAGGAUGAUGCUCCCCCGGCAGAUAUUGCAGCUGUUGUGAUUUUAUCAUUCACCAGCUUCAGACCUCUUAAGGAAGUCAAGCUUCAGAGAUCGGUUGAACAAAGUAAACACCCUUCUGCUCCCCCCGGUCGGCGACGAUGAUGGAGAACGAAGCCUUUACCGCUUUCAUCUUCUACGGCACGCUCCUCGUUCUAAAAAUGUACGCCGUGGCCAUCAUUACAGGGCAAGUGAGGCUCCGGAAAAAGGUGUUUGCCAAUCCUGAGGAUGCUCUCAGGCACGGAGGGCUCCAGUACCACAGAGAAGACCCCGACGUGGAACGAUGUCUCAGGGCUCAUCGCAAUGAUAUGGAGAACAUCUACCCGUUCCUGUUUCUCGGAGCCGUCUACUCCUUGCUAGGCCCUGAUCCAGACGUUGCACGGAUCCACUUCCUGGUCUUCUUCUUUGGGCGGAUCAUCCAUACGGUGGCUUACCUCCUGAAGCUGCGAGCCCCCACACGCUCCGUGGCCUACACCGUGGCCCAGCUGCCUUGCUUCUCGAUGGCCCUACAGAUCCUCUUCAAGGUCCUCAGACGCUGGUGGUGACGCCUCUCGAUCCCAUUCCUCACCUGGCUGGAGAGGAAUUUGGGCAGGCAAGACCUUCCUUCAAAGGAGGUGGAACGGACUCUCGAUUUUUCUCGCUGCGAUGUUUGUGACCCCCCCGUGGUGCUUCUCGUCGUCCUUCUCCACUCCCUGCCCCAGGAUGAAACCGUGAACAUCUGCUAUGUGAACAUCUGGCCACGUUGGCUCAGGGGGAGGGAGAGGGUGGAAAAGGACCCCUUUGGGGUUAGAAGGACAGAUGGGACCUCAGGACCGGUCCACCCCAUGCUCAACAAAAGUGUCACAUCAUGACGGAGACGCCGUCUUCAGCCUUGAUGUCUGGUUGCAUGUCUGCGGGGUGCCCUUAAUUGUGGGAGAUGUCAGAAGUAUGGACCCUCUUUUCUUUUGGCACAUGGGGAAAUGCUUCCUUCUUUUGUUGCUUCAAUCUUUGAGCCCCCGUCUUAGGCUCUCCUGAAACCCAUUAAAGUCCACAUUUCAGCACUGUG